CAGCCAAUCUGAGACCUCCGAUGCUCAGUUAAAAAGAAUUAUGGUAUAACUUGCAGUGCAGCUUCAAGAGACUGACUGUGUCAUAUCUGAAGUGGUUGAACCCUAAACAUCAAUUUGGGACUUUCCUGUGAAUCAUUUUAAAAAAACAGAAAGAAAAGCUGCUGCAAAUUCUCAUAUAUUAUACCAUAAUCUAUGCAGUAUUCCUUCCUUUGCAUCUGUUGGGAAUUGCCCUCAUGACGACAUUCCUUUUACCUGAUUCCAGCAAGCCUAUUAAGACCACAAUGAAAGAUCACAAUGGGAAUAGGGUUGUUUAUGUGAAGAACCCUCACUUGGAUCUAAUGGAUGAAGAUAUUCUCUACCACUUAGAUUUGGGAACCAAAACACACAAUCUGCCAGCCAUGUUUGGAGACGUGAAGUUUGUCUGUGUGGGUGGAAGCCCCAACAGGAUGAAAGCUUUUGCUCAGUUCAUGCAUAAAGAACUUGGACUCGAAGGAGAUGGAAAAGACAUAAACGAUGUUUGUGCUGGGACAGAUCGCUACUGUAUGUAUAAGAUUGGCCCCAUCCUGUCAGCGUAACACGGGAUGGGUGUUCCCUCCAUUUCGAUCAUGCUUCAUGAACUAAUCAAAUUGCUACACCAUGCAAAAUGCUGUGAUGUUACCAUUAUACGCAUGGGUACUUCAGGAGGAUUAGGAAUUGAACCUGGCUCUGUUGUAAUAACAGACAUGGCAGUGGAUUCAUUUUUUAAGCCUCGGUUUGAGCAGGUGAUACUGGACAAUGUGGUAAUACGAAGCACUGAACUUGAUCAAAGCCUUGCUGAUGAAUUACUAGAAUGUAGCAGAGAGAUUAAGAAUUUUCCAACACUUGUCGGCCACACAAUGUGCACCUAUGAUUUUUAUGAGGGUCAGGGACGAUUAGAUGGUGCAUUGUGCUCUUUCUCCAAUGAAAAAAAGCUGGAGUAUUUAAAAAGAGCUUAUAAUGCUGGAGUUAGAAAUAUAGAAAUGGAGUCUACAGUAUUUGCUGCUAUGUGCAGGCUCUGUGGCCUUAAAGCUGCAGUGGUGUGUGUGACUCUCCUUGAUCGACUUGAAGGUGACCAAAUCAAAGCACCUCAUGAAGUUCUAGUUGAGUAUCAGCAAAGACCUCAACAACUGAUUUCAAUGUUUAUAAAAAAGCGUCUUGGCCUAUGAAAUCCAAAUCGAUUCUUAAAUAAUGCUGUAGUCUAGAAUACUUGUCACAUUCUCCCUUUCU